AAAAACCUGAUUAAAAUGCUUGUUUGUUUUUUAUUGCUCAAUAGGUUUCAUAUCUCAGCUCAGUUGAGUUUCGAUUCUCAGUCAGUCAGCUGCUGCUUUAUUUAUUUGUUUGGGCGUGAAGACUUCAAGUCAUCGUCUGAGCUGUGUCUCAAAUCACAUACUAGUCUACUGCUCAGACACACUGUUCAGAAGGAACCGUGUGCGGUUUGGGACACAGCCGGAGAUUAUAAUAUAGAAGCAGCAGAUCAGGAAGUUAUUCACACUUGACGUUGCUGACUGAAGGCGUUAAAGAUAGUUUCUUUAAGCAAGGCGAGCAGGAUCAAACUUUACUCACUAUGGGAGUUCAUGAACUUCACGGCUACAUCGAGAGCAACAGUGAUUUUCUGAAGACCAGCUGGUUUAGAGAAAGCAAACUCGUCAUCGAUGGAUGCAACUUGUAUUACCGUCUUUACUUCAUGUCUCACCUGGACCAAGCACACGGCGGGGAUUACGAAGACUUUGAGAAAAUAGUUACACUGUUUUUUAAAAAUCUCAGACUCUGCGAUAUUGAGCCCUACGUGGUGCUCGAUGGAGGGACCGACGUCAGUGACAAAAAAUUUGACACCCUGAUGAAAAAUCGCCAAGACAAAAUCAUAAAAGCCGAUGCCUUGUCCAGGGGCCGUUCAGGAGACGUUUUACCCAUUCUCACCAAAAACGUGUUCAAGCAGAUCCUCCAGAAACUCAGGAUUCCCUUUAUUCAGUGUCUGGCAGAAGCGGAUUGGGAAGUAGCCGCAUUGGCCAACGAGUGGGCGUGUCCUGUUCUGUCCAACGACAGCGAUUUCUACAUCUUCAGCAACCGGGGCGGAUUUUUGCCCCUCAAUCAUUUCCAGUGGAGGGAAGUGAGUGUGAUGAGAAAGGGUAAAAAAAAAUUCAUCCCUGCCAAGUCAUACCAUGUUCGAAAUCUGUGUACUGCUUUUAACUGCAUGAAUAAAUAUAAUCUUCAACUUUUUGCCACCAUCCUGGGCAAUGACUACACCAAACUAGACAAGAGUGUGUUUCCAAACUUCUCAAAGUUCUCAACCAGACCUGGAGGAAUCGCCCAGAUCGAUGGCUUACUCGUGUGGUUAUCACGCUUCCCCAACCCAAAGGAAGCCAUCGCUGGUCUCCUCAGGCCCCUGGGGAACGACAUCAAAUCAGCCAGCAUUCGAAACACAAUAUAUCAGGGAAUGGCAGAGUACAGACUCAAUCCCAGCUCCAUUGCCCAGUUCUUCAUAAGCGGAGAACCUCCGAUCAAGCCUCCAGGCCGUUUACAGAACCUGCCGGACUGGAGUCUGAAACCUCUGGCAGAAGGCAAGCUGGCUUCCUCCGUCAUUGACGUCCUGACACUGCAGAGGCUCAUGAUAAACUUCCAGGUGGAGGAUUUUGGGCUGAGCAGCAGCAGCGAGACGUCUCGGCCGAUACGACAGGUGAUGUACGGCGUACUGUUGUGUACCAGGAGGAAGAAAGUCGGUAAACUCGGCACGUCUUCUGGAGAGAACCAGCAAUACUACGUGGAGGAAUACAACAGGCAGGAAAUAACGCUGAGCAGCACCAUGGUUCCAGCUGUUCUACCGACACGUGUAGUAACACACCUUCACCUGGACUCACUGUGGGAGGUAGAGCAGCACUGGCGUCUGCAGGUCGUGUUGGAGGCUCUUGGUGUGUCUCCGGUCGCCGAUUCCUUCCAUGUCCCUGAAGGUCUGCAGCUAGCCGUGUACGUCACGUGUUUCUGGCUAAAACACGCGAAACCUGAGCCGAGAGCAGAAAUGUUCUGGGCUUUACUGACUGGCCUGGUCUACACACACCUGUGCAGAGAACAACAGACUGAGGAAGAGAUUGAACCAGUGAUUUCAAGGUUUAAAAAGCUGCAGGAACGUAAAGGUCAGAAGCUUUUGGACCUGGAGCUGGCUCACGCUUACUGUCAGUGGCAGUCCUGUCUGAAUGACAGCUUCAAUCUGAACCAGCUACUGAAUCAUCCCGUCCCUGAGCCGGAGUUAGCAUGGUUGUUCUGUGGCUCUUUGGUGCACGGUGUCACCCAUGAGCUGAAAAGAGGCCUCACACCCGAGUCUCUUCUUGCCGGAGCCCCCGUCGCCAUCAGGCUUUACCAAAACCUGCAGGCCGCAGUGGAGCGCGAGCUGGACGACGACUCCGUCACGAGGAUCAGGACUAGGACGUGGCCGGUGGAGGAACUGAGCGAGGAGUUUAAACAUCUGAUGGACAAGGACGAGGAUGAAGAUCAGUGCAUGGUGAGGAAGAAGAAGGAGAAGAAGAAAAAGAAGGCGACGACGAGCAAAGAAAGCGUCAGUGUUCGCACGAGACACAGAACCAAAACGCAGAACUUCAAAUCCUACAGCUAAGAAGCAGGAGCACGAGCUGGCAGUAAAUUCAUGAGUUUUUCUUAAAUACUGCAGAAAAAUACGAUCACAAACUCUUCUACUAUAUAUAUAUAUAUAUAUAUGACAUUUUGAGCAAUAUUUUUGGAAGAACAUGUUCCAGAAAUACAGUUCGUCACAUUCAGGGAAGGGUAUUACAUUAUACAGGCACUUAUUUUAGAAAUAAAAAGGAAAAAAAAAGAAAGCAUGAAUAUAAUCGGUGUAUUUGUGCUUCAGAGUCACGCACAGCUUCGCGGUGGAGAAGCUGCCGCAUAAACGCGUGCAUGGGGUAAACCGCGAGCUCUUUUCUUCUCAGGAACAUCGAUUAUUGUAAAAGUCUUUUUCAUUCUCCGUGUUUACAGAAUAAUCGGAGACUUGCACUAAUGUGUGUGGAGGGGAAAUGUUUUGGUUUUUAAUAAUUCUGUCAGAUUUUAUUCCAAUGUGAACUUCUGAAACACGAUCUUUGGGCUUAACAAGACGCUGUCAAGGAUCUUCGGUGGUCUUCAGUCAGAAGGAAUUAUUAUUGUUUAGUGGAGUAUUGUGGAGAUAUUUUGUAACUGCAGUAGUGAUGGUUUUUAUGCCCAGUGUUAACAGCUUGCACCAAUAAAAUCUCAUUUAACUCGA